CAAAAACUUACAACAGAACAGUGCAGUAUGCUUAAAAUUUUGUGUUUUUUAUGUUCCUCGUACCUUUUGAAGGUAUCUGCUAGUAAAACCACAUUUGAGAAAAAUGGAAUAACAUUCGAGAGAGACGAAGACGGUGAUUACAACCUCUUAACACAUGAAAUACUUGUUUUACAACCUGGAUCAAUCGCUGACGUACAAGACGUGUACAGGCUUUACUUGAUGGAACAAAAAAUUACUGGUAUAGAGCCUGGAACAUUUCAGAAUUUACCAAGUUUAAAGAAAUUAAUUAUUAUAAUGAACAAAGUCCAAAAAAUCACGACAGGAAUUUUUAACGCUUUAACGAAUUUGACUUUACUGAAUCUAAGUAGUAAUCUUAUUUCCCAUAUAGACUCCAACGCUUUUGAUAAUUUAACUAGCUUGGAAAGCUUAACUUUGUCGAAUAACCGGCUUACAAGUGUGGAUAGCCAGUGGUUUGAGUUAACACCUUCGCUAAACUGGAUUAGUAUUCGCGAUAAUCAACUUACGGAACUACCUGCCCACGUUUUUGGUAAUAUCAAAUCUCCAAAACCUUUCACCUUAGUACUUGAUGGCAACAAAAUUGCAAAAAUUGAUAAGGAUGCCUUUAGAGGAUUAACAUCAAUAUCUAUGUUAUCACUGGAUUCAAAUAAACUAAAAACGGUGACUGGAGAUUUCCUGGAAGGUCUUGAUAUAGACGUACUAUUACUUAGAGAUAAUGAUAUCAAGUGUAUAGAUCAAGAAUACUUUGGUGCAGUUUUCGUCGCCAACGAAACGGACAUUUCUGAAAACCCUUGGACUCCACAGUGUCUUACAGCAAUUCAAACUUGGGCGGAACAAUUUAACAAAACUGUAGAGCAUGAGUCAUGAAUUUGCUUAAGAUAAUAUGUGUAUGUUGACUGUAAAUUAUUCCAAUAAAGUACUUCGAUUAAAAA